AUUCCCAGUGCAGCAAACGAUCCCGAACCAUGGCCAACGCGACCACCGCGGCGGCGGCGGCGUCGUCUAUCAACGUCGUACAGCGUACAGACCGAUCCAUCGCAAUGUUCUUAAUGCAACAUGUUAUGAAACCGCUCAAACCAGUCCUCAUUACCAAGCCAAAGCCACUGCCCGCGGGAUCACCUGUCCUAGAGAUUAACAAAAGCGUGUCGAAACAAUGCGACGUACACGAGCGAAAGGUCGAUGACAUUCAUAUCUACGAUAUCACACGUAAAACUUCCCUCUCGUCGCAUACGUCUGCCGACGCGCCACCGCAGCGACCUACGAAACGCAUUUACUAUUUCGCCGGAGGAGGAUGGCAGUCGCCGCCCACCAGCGAGCACUGGAAAGUGAUCGGAGAAAUCGCAUCGCGACUGCCGGACGCUGUGGUCUCUCUCGUGAGCUACCCCCUCGCUCCCAAUAGUGCCGCGCCGGUCGCCUUCCCUCAACUCAUGAGUUUGUAUGCCACCAUCCUCAAAGAUGCCGAAGAAGCGCAGGAGGAAGUUAUUCUCGCAGGAGAUUCCGCCGGCGGUAAUAUCAUCCUAGCCAUCACUCUGCAUGCUCUAUCCGAAGACCCCGAAUGCCGCUGUCCCAAGGCGCUGCUUGCGAUCGCACCUUCAACUGACCUCGGACGCGAUAAUCCCGACAUACAGGCUCUGGAGAAACACGACCCGUUGCUUCGGAUUCCCUUUAUCGCCGACACGGCGGCCUCCUGGCGAGGGGAAUGGGAUGCCAAGGAUCCUCGUGUGUCUCCGUUGUUCGCCGAUGUGGCGCCUUUGGCACGUCGAGGUGUAAAGGUCCAUGGCGUGACCGGUGGCUACGACAUAUUGUCCCCCGAUGGAAUCCUUUUCCGCAACAAGUGCAGAGAUGCCGGUGUGGUCGGCGAGUGGCUUCACUGGGAGAAAGAAAUGCAUUGCUUCUUUCUUGCAUUCCCGUUCAAGUUGAAGGAGAGUGUGCAGGCUGUGGAUUGGAUAAUAGAUAUCUUGCGAAGAUCGUGA